GUUGUUUUUUAUAUUGCAGUUCUGUUUGCAGGCAACGUAGACAAAAUAAACUACACAUUUAUGAGAUUACAGAACAACAACUGAACAAUAUAUCGUAUAAAAUUUGCCAACGAUCGAACAAGACUCUACUGCCCGCUAUUAACCAGCCAUACACACAUAUAAAUAAGAGCGUUCUAAGAGCAGGUUUUGCAUUUGAAGCAAAACAGUGCUCGCGCACGUGCAAUAGCAAUUGUGUCGAAUUCGUCUGCAGUCGCAAGCUAAACUCAUUGCUCUCAGCAUGUCUCAACAACCUGUCGCAUUUCUGACGCGCCGCGAAACGUUCAGUGCUUGCCAUCGCCUGCACAGUCCCCAAUUGAGCGAUGCAGAAAACUUGGAAGUCUUUGGCAAAUGCAACAAUUUUAACGGACAUGGACACAAUUAUACAGUUGAGCUAACUGUUCGGCCAAUCGAUCAACGGACUGGGAUGGUGCUAAAUAUAACAGAGCUAAAGGAUGCCAUCGAAACGGUUAUCAUGAAGCGUCUCGAUCACAAGAACCUGGAUAAGGAUGUCGAAUACUUUGCCAAAAUACCAAGCACUACGGAGAAUCUGGCCGUGUAUAUUUGGGAUAAUAUACGCACACACCUGAAGAAACCAGAGCUGCUGUACGAGGUGAAAAUAUUCGAGACACCAAAGAAUAUUAUAACUUACCGUGGACCUUAUCAAAUGAAUGGCCUUUACAAUCCAAUUAACAAACGCAUUGCACGCGACUCUUGUACCAAUAUAUCAUCGGAUUCAGAUUAAAUGGGAGAUUACAAUCGAAUUUUGGACCAAUGCUCAGCGAAGCACAAUUAAUUAUGCGCUACAACUAAAAUACUUACACACAGAACACAAACAUUAUACAUGAUGCACAUAGAGAACACAUUUAGUUACUAUCUAACGAGUUAUACGAUUUACAAAGUAUAUGCCUAGACUUUUAUACAAUCAAUUGAAUUUAUGAGAAUUAUACGAAAUAAAUAUAAAUCUAUAACAAUCAAUAAUAAAAACAA